UGAAGUUCUAGUGUAAACAAAUAAAACUCUCUUUUAUAUCUUCAGUAAACCCUUUACCACUCUUCGUCCACCAAACAAAAUCUCCAGGUCUCAUCUAACCCUGAAAAUGGAAGAGGUAGUAGUAACAGCAAAUGGAGAAGAAGCUGAGAGGAAAGUGAUGAUCGCCAUUGAUGAAAGCGAGUAUAGUCACUAUGCACUGAUGUGGGCACUUGAUAAUCUGAAAGAAUCACUCACAAAAUCACCUCUUUUUAUCUUCAUGGCACAGCCUCCUGCUAGAAACAUCAAUUUUCCUGCUAAUUUCGGCUCUGCUCGCAUGUACUGUGCCGUUUCAACUGAUUAUGUUGACUCUGUCAAAGAUAAAAACAAGAAGCUGGCGUUGGCAUUUCUUGAGAAAGCUAAGGAAAUUUGUGCUAGUAGAGGAGUGGAUGCAGAGAUAUUGACAGAGGAAGGAGAUCCUAAAACAACUAUAUGCAAUGUAGUUCAAAAGCUAAAUAUCAGUAUGCUUGUUUUAGGGGAAUGCGGCCUUGGGAAAAUCAAAAGGGCCAUAAUAGGAAGUGUAAGCAGUUAUUGUAUUCAAUAUGCAAAGUGCCCUGUUCUGGUUGUGAAGAAACCCUAAGUACACUAUGUUACAAAUUUAAAAUUAAACAACAAGUCCUUGCAUUUUCAGAUGUCGUUUGACAUGAUGGCGGAUGUAAAUUAUCUAUGUUAAGAAUUCUAUAAUUUCAAAGUGUUUUAACUUA